AUCGGUGUGCGGCUGUUUCCUAGCUUCGUUCCGGCAACUCGUCGAGAACCCGUCGUGCCAGCAUGUGCUCCUCGGCGGCUGCCACAAUAACGGCUACGUGCGCAUGCUCGAGAGGUACGCCCACGUGCCCGACGUCACGGCAAAGGCCACACUGGUCAAAUUGUUCCAGACCGGCAGAGAGUUCUCUGCGCUGCCGUUUCCGUCGAUAACCAUGGAGUCCGUCUUCCGCAGUGGCCCGCUACCUUCUCCUUCUAUUGUCGCUCGUAAUAGUCCCGUCUUUGUCAGUGCCGUCGCUUCUGGUCCCACCACCGCAGGCAACACAGCGGCCCCUGGCGCGGCCAACCCCAGUACCAAAUCGCCGCCGACGACAAACGGCAAGGGUGCCACGAGUCCCACAACGUCCCCUGCAACAUAUUCAACCUGGCCGGGUCGUGUGGCGGCAGCGGCAGCGGGCACUGCACGUAUAGCCACGAGCCGCUGACGGCGUCCGAGAAGCUCGUGCUCCGCCACAAGCUGCGUGCUGAGAAGUGCCACGACCGCAGCUCCUGCCGCGAUGCCCAGUGCGCAUACGGCCACCACUGCGCCUGCGCCAAGGCAGUGUGCCGCUUCCCGCCCGCCAUGCACAAUGUGAAUGUUUCAACGUGGAGAGAGGUCGUUAUCCCGCCGCCGGCGGCUCUGAACUAG